AUGUUGGUGACGAGGUUGAAGAUUGUAAAUUAUUAUCCACAGCCUGCUGGCUUUGCCGCAUUUGACCCUUGCAUGCUGGAGGGCAUCCGGGAACCGGAAAUUGUUGUUGAUCGUGGGCCUGUGAUAUGGUUCAUUGUGUUCUUCUAUGUCUGCUCAGCCGCAUUCAUCAUCACACUCACUCCAGCUCGCAUUGCUCAAUUCAUGUAUGAUGUCGGUCAAAACUUCCGACAACUUCCAUAUGGGUACAUGCUUCUUAUCCUCGUCAUGAUUGUCACAUCCUUCCCCCCUUUCAUUGGACAUACCAUACUCCUUUACUUGUUUGGUUUCACAUACGGCAUACGGGGCGUCAUCCCCGCGGUAAUUGGAACACUGGCAGCAUCCGUUAUAGUUUUUGUCACCCUUCGGAUGAUGUUCAGCAAGAGGCAGCGUUUGUGGACCCCCACUCACGAGAAAUGGCAGGCUCUGGAAGUUGUUGUACGAUCAAGAGGUAUGCCUUUGAUCAUACUCAUCCGUAUGUCUUCACUUGUGCCGUGGGCUUGGUCAAACUCGCUAUUCGCAAGCAUAUCGUCGGUAUCGUUGCUCCAGUUCUUCAUAGCGACUUGUUUUGUCGUCCCAAGGGUCAUGAUACAGGUAUUCAUCGGAUCUCGUCUUGCCAGACUGUCAAACAGCAAUCAGAGAAAUCGCAACCUUACCCAAAUGAGAUUUUUCAACAGCCUUCUCAUUAUCGGAGGUAUUCUGUCAACUGCUUUAGCUAGCUCGCUGGUCUACUAUUUCGUACAUAAGGAGAUCAAACAUUUACGUGUCAGCUCGUCAAAGCGUGACGAAACAGCUGCAGAGACAUUUGGGGCAACACAGGAAACGUCUUUUUCUGACUCCACAGUUUGACUCUUCCUUACGCUUAUCGUAGUAAGAUGCUUUAUCUUGGUGGUGGAAUAUAUAUUAUCCUCCCGCACUGUUGUGUUCUCGAUGGAUCGACCCUGCUGACUGCUGCUGUAGCAAAACUUGCUGCCAAGGGACCGAGUUUCAGAUCAGCAAGAAC